GAAGGCUUGGUGGAAACGGGUAGGGCUCCUCCCACAGAGCUAAUUCACAGUAAUCAGUAGUUUAAGAUUAGUAGCCAAGCCUACUUCAAGAAAGACAUUUAACAUCAAACAAUUUAUUUCUCUGAAACAUCCAUAUUCAAAUAUAGUGAAAAUACAAAGUUGUCGAAGUGAAAAUAAGGAUCCUGCUUUUAUAGCCUAAAUAAUGCUAGAUACUUUUGUUUCAAAUGUAAGAUGUAAAAGAUUAGCUGUAAUAGUGUCCAAGCAGCUACCUCCGGUGUUGAAAUAUGAAGCCGAUGAUGAAGUGUAAAAUCCUGCAGUUCCUCAAGUAUCCACUAGAGGCUGGCUUCAGAAGCACAGGAAGUCACAUACACACCCAUUCAAAAAAUCCUGUUUUUACAGCAGAGAUUAACAUGUUUACAGCCUGGUUCAAAAAACCAAAUAGGUCUGAUUAGCUCAUGUCUCGAUCGGCACACACUGUACGGGGGGUGAAUGUUUUGAUGACUCAUCAGUUUUGAUUUGAUAAAGGAUAAGAGUUAUUCACAAUAAGGCGUGUAGCUGACCUGAUUGACAGGCGGGCGUGGUAUAACGGUUUGUCAGGAGGUUUAAAACCCGCCUCAGCUCCAGCUCUCAGUCUGUCGUUAGGUUGACUGAAAGUUAGGAUUCAGCAUUUCCAGCAUGGAGACCGCCAUCGAUGGGACUCCAGCGCCCCCCUGUAGUAAAAGACGAGUGGCGUCACUCAGGCUUCAAACAUUCAUAUUAACAGUCUGUCGUCCGGUCUUGAUACCUGUUCAGGUUGAGCCAAUAAGAGCUAGAGGUGUUACUGUGGGCGUGGCUUACAAAGAAGCAGAGGUGCACUGUAUCUGCAGCUGUCAUUCAGCACACCACCAUCCCAGAGAGGAGACGAGGAGGAGUCAGUCUGCAGCUGGGUCACCAUCAUGUCGACUUCCUGUCACGAGUUUGAGGUGACAGUCCACACCUCGCCAGGUCCUACCUCUGGAACCUUCAGCCGCCUGUGGCUAAACCUGAUUGGCUCACACGGAGAGACUCCGCCCCUCAGUGUGAGCGAGGGCAGAUGCCUUCUCCUGCCGGGAUCAGUGUGUCCGGUUCAGGUCCGAGUCAGCGCUCCUCUGGGUUGCCUGCUUCUGGUUCGGCUUCGACUGGAGGCUCGGAUCGGAUUCCCCGACCUAGACUGGCACUGCAGCCGGGUGGAGGUCCGCAGCCUGGCUGUGGAGGACCAGCGAGGCGGGAGAGGGGUGUGUCCUGGGGAUCCAGACAUACAGGUGUUCCUGUGUGACCGAUGGCUUCGAACAGCAGAUGGCGACAUAGAGCUGCGGAGCGGAAAGUUGUGUCUGCUGAGGGACGAGACGGAGGAGAAAGUGAAGCAGCAGCGAAUCAGACAGCUGGAACAUCACCAGAAGCUCAUCCGAUGGCGUGAGUUUGUCGAAGGCGCUCCACAUUGUGUGGAUCUGAACAGUCUGUCUGAACUCGGACCGAACCUCCACUACACUUUCAAGAGUCCAGCUGCUAACCUGCACUAUCUGAGAGGCUUCGCUGGCCAGGCCAAGUCCUGGACCAGUUUCAGCGAGCUGGAGACGGUUUUCUCCUUCAUUGGACACCAGAACAACACGGCCAAGUUCGUUCAGGCUCACUGGGAGGAGGAUUGGUAUUUUGGUUAUCAGUGUCUUAACGGCUGUAACCCUCUGCUGCUGCGUCAGACCAGCAUCCUUCCUCCAAACCUGUCAGUCACCCCGGACAUGCUCCGCCAAUUCCUGCCUGAUUGCUCCUCCCUCGAGCAGGAGCUCCAGACAGGUAACAUUUACCUGCUGGACUACGAGGUUUUAGACGGCGUCCCGGCCAACGUGAUCAACGGGAAGCAGACGUACUUGUCGGCUCCACUGUGCCUCCUCCACCUGAACCAGCGGGGACAGCUGGUCCCCAUCGCCAUCCAACUGCAACAGACGCCCGGCCCUCACAACCCGCUCUUCCUGCCCUCUGACCCUGGCUGUGAUUGGUUGCUGGCUAAGAUCUUUGUCCGCAGCGCAGACUUCCAGUGUCACCAGAUAGCCUCCCACUACCUGAGGACUCACAUGCUGGGAGAGCUGUGCUGUGUGUCCACGCUGAGGCAGCUCCCAGAGACACACCCACUGCACCAGUUGCUGAUGCCACACAUCAGGACGUCACUUCAGAUCAACUUCCAGGCGAGAGCGUCUCUGCUGGCUGCAGACGGCGUGUUUGAUAAGGCGAUGGGUUGUGGUCUGGAGGGGUUACCAGUCCUCCUGUCCCGGGCCUCAGACAGAAUUUCCUAUCGAUCUCUGUGCGUCCCUGAUGACCUGACGGAGCGUGGCGUGGACAAACUGCCGCAGAGCUUCUACGCCCAGGAUGCCCUGAGAGUCUGGGACGCACUGCACAGGUUUGUGUUCAGCUGGGUCAGUGUGUAUUACAGUGGAGACGAUGAGGUGCAGCAGGACUCUGAGCUCCAAAACUGGAUCUCUGACCUCAAUGCACACGGAUUCAACAAUCACUCAGGUUUCCCUCAGUGCUUCAGGAGCAAAGCUGAAGUUUCUAAGUUCGUCACGAUGAUCAUGUUCUCGUGUUCGGCUCUUCAUGCUGCUGUGAACUUCUCUCAGUUGGAUUUCGCUCUCUGGAUGCCGAACUGUCCGGCCUACAUGCUGCGUCCUCCUCCACAGGUGAAAGGUGAGGUGACGGAGGAUGACAUCAUGUCUUUCCUGCCCCGUGUGAACUUGACCUGUCGAGUCCUGACGGCGCUGAUGUUGCUUUCCCAACCCGCCGUGAACUUUGUUCCUCUGUGUCACUACAAGGACACCAUCUUUAGAGACGACGCCCACUGCAGGCUGGUAGAGGCGGUACAGGCUGAACUCAAGGCCAUUUCUGAUGACAUCACAGAGCGUAACCGGCACCUGGCGCUGCCGUAUCCAUACCUGGAUCCUGAACACAUCGAGAACAGCGUGGCCAUUUAAAUGAUUAGUUUAGUAAGAAAUGAACGUCCAGAGAGACAGAGAUUUAUUUCAAUAUUCAUGUUUUGAAUAAAUUAUUGACGUUUCUUCUUCUUAACCUCUAACUAGUUUUCUAGACUCAAACCGGAUUGUUUUUUUUAAAUUCUUAUUUCUCCCUUGACACUUUAGGAGCCCCUGAAGCCCUAAAACCUAAAAUAAAAAAACAUGUGUGCACAACA